GCCACAAGGCAAAACCUCACACACAUUGAACCUACAUACCCAAUCGACCGUUGUGCGAGAACGCCGCAAACGAUCAGUGGCUUUUCGUUAUGCGGCCGGUGAUGAGUUCAAAAGCGGUGUAGUUUUUUUUUGGUGAACAAUAUUACCGGCACAGACGAUUGUUCAUCACCUCGCUCACCCCGCUAUUCGACUUGAGCACACCCCUGAAAACCACGCUUUCAACAACAAAGACUCUUCUCACUCACAACACCCGGGCUCUCACUCACAAAUGAGCCCCCCAUCGCAACAAAAAAGAGUAUUAUUCAGCUGGAAGAACAAGGAAAAGAAGACUACCUCGACCACAAUGCCAACCUCACAAUCACCACCACCGGGCCCUUCCCAACAACCACCACCCCAAGCUACCACCUCAUCACAACCUGACGACCUCGAAGUCGUAACCGACGACAACGACAGCGACUACUCCUCCAUCGACUCUGAAAUCCCCUUUUCAACCCCCAAUCUCCCCCCUUCCAUGACUACAAUGAUGAUAGACAGCCUCUUCACAACCCCACCCCCCCUCCACGACCCCCUCAUCACCCCAACCUCCACCCUCCAAGACGAGACCCUAUCCGACAUCCUCCCCUUCCUCUCCUCCUCCCCCCUCCCCCCCGAUCUCUUCACCUACAACGCCUACAACGUCCCCUCCCUCCGCCGGGAGGCUCACAUUGCCUUUCUUCAUGCCUCGCUUGGUAGGUUGCCAGGGAAGUUUGUCGCCGCGGACGCGAGCAGGCCCUGGUUUUUGUACUGGUGUCUUAGUGGGUUGGCCAUGUUGGGGGAGGACGUGAGCCGGUAUAGGGAUAGUGUAAAAGAGACGGCGAGGUCGAUGCAGAAUGGGAGUGGGGGGUUUGGUGGUGGGGGUGGGCAGCUGAGUCAUCUUGCUACGUCGUAUGCGGUGGUGCUGGCGUUGGCGAUUGUUGGGGCAGAGGAAGGCUUUGAGGUUAUUGAUAGGAGGCAGAUGUGGAGGUGGCUGGGGGGGUUGAAGCAGAGGGAUGGUGGGUUUGAGGUCUCUGUUAUCAUCACGCUGCUCGAUCUGCCGCUCGAUCUAACUCCCGAAUCGCCCGCAUAUAAACCCGACGACCCGAGUUUUAACCUCCUGUCUGGAGUAGCUGACUACGUUCGACGAUGCCAAACCUACGAAGGCGGGAUAUCCUCCUCCCCCUCCGCCGAAGCCCACGGCGCCUACGCCUUUUGCGCAUUGGGGUGCCUCUCCCUCCUCGGCCCCCCGAGUAUCACCAUCCCCGAAACCCUCAACCUCCCCUCCCUGCUGUCAUGGCUCUCUAGCCGGCAGUACGCCCCCGAAGGAGGCUUCUCGGGGCGGACCAACAAGCUCGUUGACGGGUGUUAUUCCCACUGGGUCGGGGCGUGCUUCCCCUUGAUUGAGGCCGCUCUGGCCAAUUCCCCAACUCCGGUGAAUGACAGUUUGUUCAGUCGGGAGGGGUUGAUACGUUAUAUUCUGAACUGCUGUCAGGAUGAGACUAAAAGGGGGGGGCUGAGGGAUAAGCCGGGCAAGAUGAGUGACGCGUAUCAUAGCUGUUAUGUGCUGAGUGGUUUGAGCGCGGGGAUGCAUCAGUGGGUGUUGGAAGACGAGGAGUGGAUGGUGCUGCCUUAUUUGGAAGGGGAACAGGUUUUUGAGAAUGCGGAUCGGGUGAGGCCGGUGCAUCCUGUUUAUGUGAUCCCGCAAGGGGCGGUGAGGGCGAUGAGGGGGUAUUUUAGGGGGAAGGGGGGGUUUAACUGAGUCUUGUGUUUGAUGAUGGUGUGGUUGGAAGAUAUAUGUGUGUUGAGUCUGGAAGGGUUUGUACAGGAAUAAAAUAGGAUAUGUGCAUGUUUGGUGUAGGUCGUUGGGCCACUGGGAUAUACGUUGGCAAAAGUAUAACACGGUGUCAAAAAGUUAUUUUAGUUGCUUUUUGCUUGUGGUCACUGAACAGAGGAAUGAGAGUAAAAUGCUGUCGAGAAACAACGCGCAUGUUGCCAUGGCGAGGGCAGAUAAAAUUGUGGAUUGCUUGUUGUUGGCUUCGGAGUGGAAACGUUCUUUGGAUUGU